AAGUCAAAUACAGCAUAAUGCAGAAUUCUUUAUCAGUACCACCAAAAGAUCAAGGAGAUACUUCCUUGUUCACCAGUCCUAUUGAGAAACAACUGCCUCCGCAAAUGGCCUCUCCCAGGAAGACAGUGUGCACAGGUGAAUCAAACAUCCCUUCUGGAACAAUACAGAAUGGGAAGGGUUUGCAGAAUAAGAGUCAGUUUAGGACUAUUGCACCAAAAAUUGUGCCCAGAGUCCUGACAUCCAGAAUACUGCCAUGUCAUUCACCAUUACCCUCAGAUCAGGUGAAUCUGGGACCUUCCAUCAACUCCAAGCCACUGGGAAUGUCUACUCAGAACUAUGCUCUCAUGCAAGUUGCUGGCCAGGAGGGCACGUUUUCUCUUGUUGCUUUGCCACAUGUUGCCUCAACUCAGCAACUUCAGAAACCUAAAGUGCCCCUGCCUGAAAACUUUAAACUGCCUAUUCCUCGCUAUCAGCCCCCAAGGAAUAGCAAAGGAUCAAGAAAGAAACCCAUCCUGAGCUCUCCUGAGAGUGACUGUAGCAAACCUCCUGCCCAAACCCAAACAUCCCCUUCCCCACCUGACCACCCUGAACUGCCACAUAAACCCAGUCCACUUGAGCAAGUGCCGUCACUAGAGCAAGCCCCAGCUAGUGUUGGCACAGCCGUGCUGACCAGUGGAGAUGACCAUAGGAACUUGAGACCUCCAGUGACCAACAGCCAUGAAGAUCUAAACUCUCCUGCCAUCCCAACAUCCUUCACCCUAGAAGAUUCCUCUGCCCAGGACCUCAUGACACUUUCAGGGAAAACACACUUUGCAAACAAAACAUCUAGUAGACCUACUGCUGUCGCCAGUGAAAAACUUAAAGAACAAGUUGAUCUUGAAAAAGCCGUGACCAGUUUAUCACCAGCCAUUCUUGGCAGUGCAAUUCAAAUGAUCUCUUCCUUCCCCAAAGGGAAAGUGCCAAUCCUCCCCUACACAAGAAUGAAGACAACAGAGGUUUACAAAAUCAAACCAGAUGCUACCAUUUCAGGUUUUUCUUCACCAGGGCAUAGAGCAGACUGUGAUAAGAUAUCCUCCAUCACAGAAGGCUUUAAUGCAGCCACCAAAAUGGCCAGCAAGAUACCUGUUCCACAGGUGUCACAGCAGAGUCCCUGCGAGAGUGCCUUUUGUGCAGCCACCAAACUAGAUCUCAGCCACAAAACAAAACUGAACGGUGGGGCAGCAAAGAGAAGAGGGAGAAAACGAAAGGUGCCAGAUGAAAUUUUGGCCUUUCAAGGAAGAAGGAGGAAAUGCAUCAUUAAGUGUAGAGAUAAUAAAGAAAGAGUAAAAAACGAUCCCCAAGAAUCCAGAGACCAAAAACCUGGAGCUAUGAAAAAAUAUCGUAGCAUUAUGCCCAAACCUGUCAUUGUCAUACCUACUUUGGCUACCCUGGCUUCUCCUGCAGCUACACUACAAUCCCAAGCGCUUGGGGGCCCAGGACAGGACGUUUUCUUAAAUAGUUCACUCACUCCAAAAUACCUCAGCUGUAAGCAGGACAGCAGCCCUUCCCCUAAACCCAGCUCUGUGUUCAGAAAUGGAUGCUCUGGCAUUAAGAAACCUUGGCACAGAUGUCAUAUCUGUAACCACCACUUCCAGUUCAAGCAGCAUCUUCGAGACCACAUGAAUACACACACCAACAGUCGGCCUUACAGUUGCCGGAUUUGCCGCAAGACCUAUGUGCGUUCUGGCAGCCUGAGCACACACAUGAAACUGCAUCAUGGCGAGAACCGGCUGAAGAAACUCAUGUGCUGUGAGUUUUGUGCGAAAGUGUUUGGUCACGUCCGAGUCUAUCUUGGCCAUCUGAAAGAAGUGCACAGGGUUGUGAUCAGUACUGAACCCUCCCCCAACGAACCACCACCCGGGGACAUGCCAAGGAACAGAGAUACCAGUAUGCGAGGGUUGGAGGAAUCACUGGAGAGAGAAAACAAGUCAAGCCUGGAAGAAGACUUCUUUCUAAGCCAAGCAGACGAAGUCAAAUUGCAAAUAAAAUGUGGCCGUUGCCAGAUCACUGCUCAAUCUUUUGCUGAAAUAAAGUUUCAUUUACUUUAUGUUCAUAGAGAGGAAAUUCAGGGCAGGCUACAGGAGGGCAUCUUACCAGGAAGCAAGGGAACUCAGGAAGAACUGGUGAGGCACACCCCUCCUGACUGGAGACAGCAGCCCGAGAGAAGGAAGCCAGGGAAGCCUCGGCCCUCCGAGGGGGAAUUACAUGCAUUUCCUAAACUCAGAAGGCAGCUCCACCUUCACCAUCAGGAUGGCGUGGAAAUACUCAGGGAAAAUGCAGGAGCCCCACCAGGAGCUAAUGUGCCAAGGGAGAACCGCCAGGGCCCAGAGCGUCCUGGCCUCCACACUGUCCUCCUGCGGUCCCACUCGGGCUUUAACUGCCUCCUCUGCACACAGACACUGGGACAGAAGGAGGACCUUCUCCUCCACUGGGAGCGCCAGCAUAACUGUGAGGACCCCUCCAGACUGUGGGCCAUGUUCAGUGCGUUCUCCACCCAGGGAGUCAUUGAACUUUCUGGUGAAACUGGGACGUGGUACACAAAGGCCAGCCAGGGGUGAGGAGAGCACGCUGUCAUGCCCCUCAGAGCUUUGUAUUUCUGGCAGGGUGUGAUCAUAAAGGUUAGACAGGUUGGGAUUGGCAUGAAUGAACAGAAGUGAUUUCUGUACAUAGUUUUAUUUUCUUAUGAAAUAAAGUAUAUGUUCUAGAUGCAUAUUUUUCUAACCAUAUGCAGUCUUAUUUUAAAAUUCUGUGUACUGACUCUUAACAUCUUAUACUUUAUUUCAAAAUAAAUUAAAAAGAUCAAAA